CGUUCACCACCACGACCAUCCCUCAGCGCUAUCGAUAGCCCGACCACGACGAUAGCUCAUGUCCAACGCCCUCACGGCCACGCUAUACCCACAUCUUCGCUGGUAGCUGACGACUGGCUACAUAGACACCAGCAGCCUCAUCCGGGCCCCGGCUGCUCAGCCAGCGCCGCCUACCAUGGCCUCACCCCCAAACCCGCACGCCCCACGGCGGUCGGGUGCAUCGCCGUCGACGUCGUCACCCGCUGCCACAGGCUCGGAGCAGAUUAUCGGCAAGUUCAAGCGCUUGCAUCACAUUGGCAAAGGCAGCUUCGCCGAAGUCUAUCGUGGCAUCCACAUUGAGAAACGGCAGUCGGUCGCCAUCAAGUCGGUCAACAUGAACAAGCUGAACAAGAAGCUCAAAGACAACCUCGUCUCGGAAAUCACCAUCUUGCGCAGUCUGCACCACCCACACAUCGUGUCGCUCAUCGACUGCCACGAGACGCCAUCGCGCAUGCACAUUAUCAUGGAGUUUUGUGAACUCGGCGACCUGUCAGCCUUCAUCAAGAAGCGCUCCGAUCUCGUGAACCACCCGCAAACCCAGCGCAUGAUAGAAAAGUACCCCAACCCAGCCGUGGGCGGCCUCCACGAGGUCGUCGUACGCCACUUUGCCAAGCAGAUGGCCAGCGCUCUCGAGUUUCUGCGAUCCAAGAACUACAUCCAUCGUGAUCUGAAGCCCCAGAAUCUGCUUCUCAAUCCAUCGUCCAUAUUCUACUCUCAGAGUGGAACUCUGGAACGCAUGCCUCUGGCCGCCAGCGCAAACUCCUUGAUACCCGCCACUGGCAUUGCCUCGUUGCCCAUGCUCAAGAUUGCUGAUUUCGGCUUCGCUAGGAUUCUGCCAACUACCUCACUGGCCGAAACCCUCUGCGGCUCUCCCCUCUACAUGGCACCAGAGAUUCUGCGAUAUGAAAAGUACGAUGCAAAGGCUGAUCUGUGGUCCGUGGGAACCGUUCUCUUCGAAAUGAUGUGUGCUCGGCCACCAUUUAGGGCCAACAACCACGUAGAAUUGCUACGCAAAAUCGAAGAGCGCAAGGAUCAGGUCCGAUUCCCAGAAGGUCUCGUCAGCAGCAGGGCCAUGAAGACUCUCAUUCGCGCACUCCUGAAGCGUAAGCCAACUGAGCGCAUGUCUUAUGAACAUUUCUUCUCAGACCCGGUCAUCCGUGAUGAAAUUCCAGACAUGGUGGACGAAGACCUUCCUGGCUCCAUGCAAGCUUCUGAGCGUAUGCAAACCUCUGUACUAGAACCACCAAUCGAGCCACCUAGGCGACUACAGAAAGCGCCUGUUGAAAUGGAUCCAAGGGCUGCUGAUAAUCCAUACUCGCCAUUGCCCAGAGACAGGACGAUAGCCCCUGGCACAACGCCGCCUUCACGGCCCAGCUCUAGACCCGUUUCCGGUAACUUCUCUAGCACUCCACCGCAACACCUUUCUGCACGAAGGGCCAACAAUGCCCCGGCCGAUCCUAGCGACGAACGUAGGUCGACUCGCGAACACCGCCGACCCACUCUUACCAACGCGGCAACCGCACCAGGACGUACCGCUACACUGCAGGAUCAGACCGCCGCACCCACUACCAUCGGCCAUAGGCGCAAAUAUUCUCGCGAUGAGCAAGCAUCGACACCUACCGGCCUCAAGGAGCACUUUGACCGCGAGCGGAUCCCACAGAGAGCGGAAGCCAAUGUACUGAAAGAAGCGGCAGAACGAGCUGCACAAGACAACGCGCUUGACGAGGGAUUUGUAUUUGUAGAGAAGCGCCGUGUGGAAAUCGACGCACUCGCAGACGAGAUUGCCAAUAGCCCGCAAACACAACGAGAUCGUCUCGUUCACCGAGAAGUUCCAAUGAAGCGACGUUCGACAACACAAGGGUCCCCAACAUCGAUCACUGGCGCAGUCCCUUCCAAGGCCAUCCAGAUCCAACAAAAGCCAACCAUUACCCACCAACGCACGGCUUCAUACAGUCGGAGACAGUAUCGUCCAAGUUUCGAAACCGCUACUUCUGCCUUGUCCAAGGCUAUGAACAUGGUCAACAUUCGAGGGCUUGGUCUAUCACCACCCGUCAUGAAGGGCGUAUCUCCCCCACAGGGCUAUUCUGCAUUUCCUGCGUAUCCAACUGCGCAAAGCAGUAUGUUGCUGGUCGGCGAUGGAGGCAAAGUGGUGGGCAAGGACGAAGACACUAGUACGGUUAAAAGGAUUGAAGAUCUGGCGCAGCUCAGCCACGUUGUUUACGGCUUCGCAGAAGUCAAGUACAGCCAGCUCGUCCCAGUUGCACCAAGCGACCCGGCUCUAGGUAUCGGCUCCACUGGCGUUGCUCGCAAGCCUAGUAGCGAUGUAAUUGACGACGAGGAUGACGACGACGAUGAUCUGACGCCCGAUACUGUUCUUAUCAUCUCUGAGGAAGCGUUGGUACUUUUUGUGAAAACGUUGGCGAUGCUGAACAAGGCCAUGGACUUGACCGGUAGUUACUGGAACCGAACUCGACGUAACAGCGGUCCUGACGGUGCAAGCCGAACUAAUGCAAAACUUGGCCAAGUAGUCUCUUGGAUGCGCGACCGAUUCAACGAGUGCUGCGUCAAAUCUGAGAUAGUUGCACGCAAACUCAAGCAGGCACAGCAGCAGUUACCAGCAGACCAUCCCAGUCAUCCUCAGAAUCAGUCAGCGGCAUCUGGUUCUACGACUGCGGUUGGUUCUGCCGAGAAUAUUCUGCUUACAACUGGCGUCACGGCCGAAAAGCUGCUAUACGAUCGAUCCCUAGAAAUGAGCCGCCAGGCAGCCAUUGAUGAGCUUACUGGACACAAUCUGGCCGACUGUGAUAUUAAUUACUGGACUGCUAUCACAAUGCUUCAAGCUGUCUUGGAAGAAGAGGAAGAUUCGCCCAACGACAAGGCAGAUGCUGAGGAAAUCAAUGGUCUCGAUGGUGAAGACCGACGCUCGAUCCAGAAGCUUCUCGAACAGAUGAGAAGCCGCCAAAGAGCGCUGAAGAAAAAGCUUGAUGUACUCAGGGCUCAAAAGCGCACCUCCAUCACCAGUGCGCCCGCACCACACUCCGUCGGUCGCAGCUCGCCUUCUCAGGGUGUCGCAAAGUAGUUGCGCAGAGCACAGAGUGCUACACGUUUGCACACAACUUUACAUUUACUGGCGUCUAGGAACAGGAUGGUCUGCACGCCACUCUGGUUUGCUUUUAUAGGUUUGAUUUAGCUUUCUUUCUGUCUGGUUGGGGACAAUGGCGCCUCAUGGAGGGCUUCGGCGUACUCGCAUGCAUUCGCAUAUGAUACCAGGAACUUGGGUAGCGAUGAUGUGCAGUUCCAUUUCACUGUCGGGCGUUGUUUGAAUUAUAUAGCGGGUCUGGGUUCAGGGCGCACGGCUUUGGCGGCGUUUCAUCGUGUCACAGAAUGAUGUCUUGGGUCGUCUUGAGGAGCAGUUGUUGCGUUCAUCUUAGACCGGCCCAUAAGGCAAACGAACACGUAUCGAACCCUAAGCAGUAUUAUCGAUAGGAGAAGAAUGAAUAUGGAUUAAUGUAUCAAAUCUGUCAAGCAAGU